ACCUGGAGAAGAGAAGGUGAAACUAACCUACUGGCAAAAAAAAAUCGCCCCACGACGAGGAAGGUGCCUCUGCUUGAGUCACUGCCGCCAAGCCGGAACACAGAGCAAGUCACUUCGGACGUCGGAGGGCAUUUUACAGACAGCCCCGCGUCCCAGCUCCCGUCGAUUCUUGGAACUCCCACCACCGUAGUCCCGGCAGCCCAACCCCAGCGGGCAGCGCGUCCCGUGUCGGGGGCGCUGGGUCCUCUGUGCGCCCGAAGGAACCGACCGUACGAGGCUUGGAAGGGCCUCCGAGCCGAGGGGACCCAGCCUGCGGGGCAGGGCGGAGUGGCUGGGCGGAGCACGUGACGCUCGCAGCCUGGCUCUUGGCUGGGGGGAGUGGGGGCCCGCCCCGCGCGCCCAAGGCUGAAAUCGACUUCUGCCUCUGGCAGGAAAAUGAGCUUGUCAGUUUCUGUCUCUAGCGGACCCUCAACCCCGUGGAGCAGGGGAUUUCGGUGGCAUUUAAAUUGUGUAUCUCAGCAAUCUGAAAGCAAAAGGUGUAAGUAGCAUGGUCAAUGCAGGAGCGAUGAGUGGCUCUGGAAACCUGAUGGAUUUCCUUGACGAGCCAUUCCCUGAUGUGGGGACGUAUGAGGACUUCCACACCAUCGACUGGCUGAGGGAGAAGUCACGGGACACCGACAGACACAGAAAGAUAACGAGCAAGAGCAAGGAGUCCAUAUGGGAGUUCAUCAAGAGCUUGCUGGACGCCUGGUCGGGAUGGGCGGUAAUGCUGCUCAUCGGCCUGCUGGCGGGCACCCUGGCCGGGGUCAUCGAUCUUGCCGUCGACUGGAUGACAGACCUGAAGGAGGGCAUCUGCCUGUCGGCCUUCUGGUACAGCCACGAGCAGUGCUGCUGGACUUCCAAUGAGACCACGUUUGAGGACAGGGACAAGUGUCCACUGUGGCAGAAGUGGUCGGAGCUGCUGGUGAAACAGUCGGAGGGUGCCAGCGCUUACAUUCUGAAUUACCUAAUGUACAUCCUGUGGGCGUUGCUGUUUGCGUUUUUGGCCGUCUCCCUGGUACGAGUAUUUGCGCCAUACGCCUGUGGCUCUGGUAUACCCGAGAUAAAGACCAUCCUGAGCGGCUUCAUCAUCAGGGGCUACUUGGGCAAGUGGACCCUGCUGAUCAAGACUGUCACCCUGGUGCUGGUGGUGUCCUCGGGCCUGAGCCUUGGCAAGGAAGGGCCGCUGGUGCACGUGGCAUGCUGCUGUGGCAACUUCUUCAGCAGCCUCUUCUCCAAGUACAGCAAGAACGAGGGCAAGAGGCGCGAGGUGCUGUCAGCUGCGGCCGCUGCCGGGGUCUCUGUCGCCUUUGGUGCUCCGAUCGGGGGUGUGCUUUUCAGUCUGGAAGAGGUCAGCUACUACUUUCCCUUAAAGACCUUGUGGCGGUCCUUCUUUGCGGCCCUGGUGGCAGCCUUCACGCUGCGAUCCAUCAAUCCCUUUGGGAACAGCCGCCUCGUCCUCUUCUACGUGGAGUAUCACACGCCCUGGUACAUGGCCGAGCUCUUCCCCUUCAUCCUGCUUGGUGUCUUCGGGGGCCUGUGGGGAACCCUCUUCAUCCGCUGCAACAUCGCCUGGUGCAGGAGGCGCAAAACCACCAAGCUGGGGAAGUACCCGGUGCUGGAGGUCAUUGCGGUGACCGCCAUCACUGCCGUCGUCGCCUACCCCAACCCCUACACGCGCCGCAGCACGAGCGAGCUCAUAUCCGAGCUCUUCAAUGACUGCGGGGCCCUCGAGUCCUCCCAGCUCUGUGACUACAUCAAUGACCCCAACAUGACGCGGCCCGUGGACGACAUCCCCGACCGGCCGGCCGGGGUCGGCGUUUACACAGCCAUGUGGCAGCUGGCCCUGGCGCUGAUCUUCAAAAUCGUCAUUACCAUAUUUACCUUUGGCAUGAAGAUCCCGUCCGGUCUCUUCAUCCCCAGCAUGGCUGUGGGGGCCAUGGCAGGCAGGAUGGUGGGAAUUGGCGUGGAGCAACUGGCUUACCAUCACCACGACUGGAUCGUCUUCAGGAAUUGGUGCAGGCCCGGAGCAGACUGCGUCACCCCAGGGCUCUACGCCAUGGUGGGAGCCGCCGCCUGCCUAGGUGGAGUUACCAGGAUGACGGUGUCGUUGGUGGUCAUCAUGUUUGAAUUGACGGGUGGUCUCGAGUACAUCGUGCCCCUGAUGGCGGCGGCCGUGACCAGCAAGUGGGUGGCUGAUGCCUUUGGGAAGGAAGGCAUCUACGAGGCCCACAUCCACUUAAAUGGGUACCCGUUCCUGGACGUGAAGGACGAGUUCACCCACCGCACGCUGGCCACCGACGUCAUGCGGCCACGGCGGGGGGAGCCGCCGCUGUCCGUGCUCACCCAGGACAGCAUGACCGUUGAGGACGUGGAGACGCUCAUCAAGGAGACCGACUACAAUGGCUUCCCCGUGGUCGUCUCCAGGGACUCGGAGCGCCUCAUCGGGUUCGCCCAGAGGAGGGAGCUGAUUCUCGCCAUAAAGAACGCCAGACAGAGGCAGGAGGGCAUCGUGAGCGACUCGGUCAUGUACUUCACCGAGGAGCCCCCUGAGCUGCCAGCCAACAGCCCGCAGCCCCUGAAGCUGCGGCGCGUCCUGAACCUCAGCCCUUUCACCGUCACGGACCACACCCCCAUGGAGACGGUGGUGGACAUUUUCCGGAAGCUGGGGCUCCGCCAGUGCCUGGUGACGCGGAGCGGGAGACUUCUUGGUAUCAUCACGAAAAAGGAUGUUCUGAGACAUAUGGCCCAGAUGGCAAACCAGGACCCUGAAUCCAUCAUGUUUAAUUAGAAACAAGAUGGCAGUUUCUUUGAGAAAAACACAACUGUGUCAUUUGAAAAGAAAUAAACAAAUGAUAUGUCAUCCUAAUAAACGGUCAUGCACUGGGGGCAGUGGAAACAAAAGCUUUGUUUAAAAGGAAGGGAAGAAGAAUGAAACUUAGAAAAAAAUACAUUGGCGAGUAGGCAUUUUAUAGCUUUAACCCCUUAUGAGUUUCAAGCUGUGUUAUGAGUUUAGUAACUGCUAUGGGGGCACGUGGGUGGGUGUAAACGAUAUGGUUUGUACGAGGACAUGGAAGACAAUUGCUGAGUCAAGAAACAUUUGCCCCUUCUGUUGAAGGCUGGUGUUGGUGAAGCUUUGAGUCUGAAAGGCCAAGGGGUAUUGGCGUGUCAGCGUCCUUAUUUAUUGGUUCCUGAGGUUUGGCUGCUAUGUUACUGAUUCAGACUAAAGAUAUUUGCACUUACUUUGUUGGAAAAGAAAAAUUAAAUGUGAACAUAGUGAAAGCUGCAAGUAUGCUAGUGGGUUCACUCGUGACCAGCUGUUGCUGGCUCCUGUUCUCAGCCUGUUAUUUUGCUUAUCUGUCGCUUUCUGAACCAACAUUGGGUCACCUGCCAUGUUGAGUAUGAAGAAAUCAUUUCUCUAUGCGAGACCAGCGUCUUGGGACUGCGCGAUGAACUGUCGGAGCAUUUAGCGCUGCACCGUUUCCUGCCACGAAAAGGAUUCAUGCUUAUUUUGAGGGUAUACAUGCCCAUCAUUGCUUUGCAUCCCCAUCGCAUUUGCUUCAUUUAUUUGUUGCUGUUGCCUGUGCAUUCUUAAAUAUUGAUCAGUCUAGCGCUUUCCAAGGGCCAUGUCCUAUAUUCUGCCAGCUUGCCGUAGUGGCUGAAUUUCCAAAUAGCAUAUACGAGAGUCAAAACAGGCUACCCAGCGUUACUACUUAUUUUUCCUCUCAGAUCCUAUUAAAUACGGCUGCUGAGAGGGUGAGGCAGACGAGUUCUCAGUGGGAACUCCUCCAAAUGGGCUGCAAGAGAAAUGCUAAAUUGAUUCUAAAUCUGUUCCAUUCUCUUCUCUGUAGGAUGCAGAGCUUUAAUGUGUAAGCAUGCGCUUUCAUAUUAGCAAUCAAAGCGCAGAAGGACAGAGUAAAAUUCGAGACAGGCAAUUUGAGCAUUGGGUGUCUUUGAACUGAACGUUAUGAUACAUUUAUUCUUUUAGUCAGGACUUCUGUCUUGCCCGUGGGAAGGAAGUUGUGUUUCUUAGGUCCACUGGAUGAUCUGUGUAAGACCGAUCCCCCUUGCCCUAUCACUUUCGUCUUUGUUCUUCCCUUUUCACCGAGUCAUCCUCAUCAUUGGAUAUUGAUGUAUCAGGCGUGCAUUUGGCUGCAAAUGAUAGAAAACUGAACACAACGAAGAGCUGCAUAAGGAACCUGGAGGUGGGCACUCAGGACUGUCUCCGUAGUAUCAUCGACGACUCACAGUCUUUGGUAGUUUCUUCCUACCAUCCUUACCCUUUCUCCUUUGGGUGACUGCCUUGUUGUCGCAAGAUGCUCAUGAACCGCCAGGUCCGAUAUCUGCUUUCUAAGCAGAAAGAGGGAGGAAGAGGCAAAUGACAAGCCGCAGUGUCUGUGUCGGGAAGGCAGUGCUUUCCCCAAGAUGCUCGGCUUUUCCUCCACUGGCUAGACUUCUGUCGCGCGGCGCCCCCAGCUGCGUGUGAGUCUGGAAAGGAAAAUAUUUAGCUACGUAGGCAUAUUACACUGAAUGAGAUUGAGAUUCUCUGAGUAAGGAAGGGGGAUUGCUCCUCGGGAGGGGGAUAUUGUCUGCUCUGUGGGAUGCUGUCAUCGUGUCCCUGUCAGUCAUUCUCUUUCUCACUGACCCCCUCCAAACACUCUCCUGUGACCUUAUCGUCCCCCACCCCUCCUCUUGGCUUUGACGUAGAACUCCCAGUCGGAUGCCAUCGUUUCUUAGCCCUAAUUAAAAUGUUCAUUCUAGAUAAAAACCUAGCUAUAAGAGGGUUUCGUGCAACUUCUAGUGGAUACAAGAAAAUAUACGGAUAUGUUUUAACCUGACUGAAAACUUAAAGGAGUUUAAGUCAGAUCACGCUGACAAAUUAUGGAAAAUAUGUUUCUGUAAUUAAUUGGCCUCCUCCCAAAUAAUAUCAGAUAGCCACUUCAGUGUAGAAAGGUCAGUCUAUACUAGAGAAUGUAAUCUUUGGUCCUAUAAGAGAAUGAAAUUUGUUGUCUCACUCACAGCACCUAAGUACUGAGUAACGGAUCCUAACAUUUUGUUGCUAUUGAGGUUUCCAUGGAACAGUGCGCGUGAAGCUGGAUUCUCCUGGACUUUCAAUCCUAAAAAGUCUUAAUGUAGUUCCCUUCUUAACUCCCAUGUAGGCUCUCGAAAGAGUCUUAGUCGUAGCCUGGAUUUUUAUAAUCCAGGGCACCCUGUUAGCCGAAACAAGGAGCUUCAGAAGGGAACACGAAACAGUGAACAGACGGCCAAAGGUCAGUAAAACCACAGAAUUCCCCCUCCUCCAGCUGAGGCCUGGGAAGGGGAGGGGAGAGUUGACUCUGGGCCGAGGUCACCGACGGGGCUUGUGUCCUCUCCCCAGUGCUUAGCGUGGAGACGUCCAUGGGGUUCAGAGGGCCGGCGUCAGACAGGCAGGUCGAGGCCGGGAUGGGGGGGCUUGCGGCGUCACUGCCAGAGCCAAUUGCCUGCCUUCCCUGGAGCCCUGACCUGUAGCCACCGGCCCAGGCCUCAGACACACUCACGGGGAACGCACUGCUGGGCCCUUCGUGGCACUUUCUCAUAGAAGUACGUGGAUGGGGAUUCUGAAGGUGUUGGCUGUAUUCAAAUGUAGAACUUCAUCCACUUUACCUGGUGAUCUGAUGAACGAGAUGAGUAGAUCUGCAAUGUGGACGUGAAACCAACAUUUCUUAGAAUACUGUUUUUGUUUCAUUUUCCACAACCAAAGGCUGUAGACAUUCGUUGAACUUUCUGGAUUCUUUCUGAAUUGUUUUUUUAAUGUAAAUAAAUAUAAGUACAUAAUGGAAAAGGAGUUCUGUAAUGAGGCACAUCAACCUACUUCUUGCUCUUUUUCUAUCACUAAGGGAAUGUGUUGUAGAAGGACAGAUGGCAAAUAAAAAGCAUCCCGAAUGUGA